CUGUGGUUGACAUGUGAGUUUUGCAUGCAGCCCUAGGCACCGCAAGAGGGCCCUUGCAAGACAGCAGCAACAGCAGCAGCAACACCUGGCUCCUUUCUUUGCAGCCAGGUCUGCAAACAUGGGCAAGAAAAGCAAGAAGGAGAAGAAAGUGAAAGGUGCUGAAAAAACAGCUGCCAAGAUGGAGAAGAAGGUCUCCAAGCGGGCAAAGAAAGAGGAGGAGGAUCUCGAAGCUCUGAUCGCUGAGUUCCAGACUCUGGAUGCUAAAAAGACUCAAGUGGUCGAAGCAACCUGCCCACCGCCCUCCCCAAGACUCAAUGCAUCUCUCUCUGCACAUCCCGAGAAAGACGAACUAAUUCUGUUUGGAGGUGAAUAUUUCAAUGGCCAAAAAACGUUCCUGUACAACGAACUGUUCGUUUACAACAUUCGGAAGAACAGCUGGGCGAAGAUCGACAUCCCGAACCCUCCUCCCCGGCGCUGUGCUCACCAGGCUGUCGUGGUAGGCCAGGGUGGCGGGCAGCUUUGGGUGUUUGGUGGGGAGUUUGCUUCACCCGACGGGGAGCAGUUUUACCACUACAAAGAUCUCUGGGUCUUGCAUUUGGCUAGCAAGACCUGGGAGCAAAUCAAGGCCGCCGGGGGUCCCUCGGGUCGCAGCGGACACAGGAUGGUGGUGUGCAAGAGGAAACUGAUUCUCUUCGGAGGAUUCCACGAAAGUGCGAGAGAUUACAUCUACUACAACGACAUUUAUGCCUUUAAUCUGGACACAUUUGCCUGGAGCAAGCUGGCUCCCUCUGGGAUUGCCCCAGCGCCAAGAUCUGGUUGCCAUCUGGCCACCACUCCAGAUGGCAACGUCCUUGUCUAUGGAGGCUACUCUAAGCAGCGGAUUAAGAAAGACGUCGACAAAGGCACUCUCCACACCGACAUGUUCCUGUUGAAGGGAGAAAGCUCAGACAAAUGGACGUGGGCCCGGAUGAGCCCUUCUGGCGUCAAGCCAACACCCAGGUCUGGCUUCUCGGUGGCGAUGGCCCCCAGCAACCGCUCCCUUCUGUUUGGCGGAGUCCACGAUGAGGAAGAGGAGGAGGACCUCGAAGGAGACUUCUUCAAUGACAUUUAUUUCUACGACCUGGCAAAGAACCGGUGGUUUCCUGGACUGUUAAAGGGGCCCAAGUCUGAGAGAAAGAAGCGAAGGCGUGGCGCGGCAGUGGACGAUGCAGCCGGCUGUGCAGGUGGUGAGAUUGAGGGCCAGCCCCCUCUGGGCCCCGUGGAGAUUGUCAAGGAGGUGGUGGCAGAGGACGGGACGGUGAUGACCAUCAAGCAGAUGAUCGCGUCCCCCGAGGCAGAGCUGGCGAAGUCGGAGUCUGAGGGCGAGGAGGAUGGGGCAGGGGACGAGGCCUCCGGCCAGCAGGUGGAGCCCUGCCCACGCUCAAACGCCAUGCUGGCGGCCAAGCACGGGGUGCUCUACGUCUACGGGGGGAUGUUCGAGGUGGGCGACCGCCAGUUCACUCUCAACGACCUCUAUGCCAUCGACCUCCACAAGAUGGAAGAAUGGAAGGUCCUCGUGGAGAUGGACCCAAAAACCCAGGAAUGGCUUGAGGAAUCGGAGUCUGAAGAAGAAGGAGAGGCAGAUGUAGAAGGCGCCGAAGGGGGGGAAGAGGAGGAGGAAGAGGAGGAGGAGGAGGAAGAGGGCUCUGGUGAUGGUGGGAGCGAAGAUGAAGAUGAAGGAGAGGAAAAGCACCCUGCUGUAAAGCACGAUGAGAAGUACACGGAUUAUCUCUCCAGGACAGAACAGUACUGGGUGAAAUUGGCCUGCCAGAACAUGGGCCCUGGGGCCAAAGAGAAGAAGACCGUGAAAGUGGGGCACGCGAUGGCGAAGGCCUUCUACGAAGGGUCUGCCUAGACAGGUCUUCCCUUCCGCUAAGGAGGGGGGGCCUGAGUAACAGUUUUGCCUAGUGAAAUGGGGGCACCUGAAGUCUGUGUCAUCCCAAACUGAACUGGUGCUCCUUUACUUGCCUUGUACUGUGGGUUUUAGGUGCCUGAUCCACCAAACUGUCAAUUCAUUAGAAAGCAUGUCUGUCUCUAUUCAAGAGUUUAACAUUGAGUAAUCUACACACACAGACACCAUUGAAUCUCACAAUACGGCUUUUCUUGAUUCAAGGCAAGGGCAGCCUAUGUUUGAAAGCUUCCCCUGUGGCAAGCUAGCUUUCUCCUCGGUGUGCUAGCCUUCUAUGUGCAGGGAGAUUCCCCACCCCUCCACUGGCCCCGUGGGGAGGGGGAGAUGUUCAAAAAUGUAAUUUCCCCAUCUUCAGUAUGAAUGGUAGAGUUCAGGAGAAGCUGUACCACAUGGAAUACUCCAUAUCUUAGAGUUGGCUUGGAAGCAGAAGUACACAGUUACACCGCUGAGUAGGCUACUUCUCCUGAUUAUGGAUCGGUUGCUGACAAUUCAGGACUGAAGGAAACUUUUCCUGAUGGCAUUAUGAAUGUACAUUUGUAAGAACAGGGCUGGCUGGAAGGAGCCACCCAAGGGUCAGAAACUUCAAGAGAGUUGAUGGAUUUGGAGGAAUUUGGCCGUAAAGUUUAGUUAUUCUUGUUGAAAGCUGUUUUGAGUUUGCAUGAGAAUUUUAGGCUGUUUCUCUUUUCCAAUCCAAUUGUCGGACUGGGAACCAGGACUUGUCAUUUCAAACAAUUCUAUAGAUAAAACUUAUUUUGUUCGUUAGCAGA